AUGGGUCUUCCAUUGUUCAAGACUCCAACGGCCGGAGAAGUCUCUGCCAAGGCGGACAUAGCCAUAGCUGUCCACGAAGAUGGCGUUCCUAAUUCCUUAGAGUUGGCAGAGCAAGUGGCCCGUUCUGUAAACGAACAUUUCGUGCGGCAGAGUGCAAUGCAAAGUGAACUUCAUAAUGCAUAUUGGUCUCUUUCUCGAAGCAACACAAGCAACCAAAGGACGCAAUCCGUGUCAGCUAUUCAACCAUACUCACCAUCAAUAGAGUCAAUCAGUUCAAAUGGAGAUCCGUACGCCCAAGAUGAAAUCGCACGUCAAGAAAGUUCUCAAACACAAAACACCUGGCGCCCCAUCGCGGUACGACCCACAAAUACAAUGACGGGUUCUGAAUAUGUGGAGAGAAGACUCAGAGAUGCUGUUGGGCAGGAGGUUGAGCGUUUCGCAGAAAGUGUUCACCCGCGAGCUAGGAACAGUCCGGCCGACGAAGAUAGACAAACGCUUGCAGAAGUUGAGGCGAUGAUCAAUGCGGUGCACUUAGAGAUGACACAUUUGGUUAAUGCACGGAUGGGAUCAAUGCUUAGGCCAGGCUGGGCCACCGAGACAAGCUCUGCUUCAAGGGCACCUCGAUGGGUUCUUCCUCAACUUGCUCCUCGUCAACUUGCCUCAUCUGCAGCAGCAGAGUCUGGAGCUAGACCUGAAAUGCCAACGACUGCCAAUCAUACCCGUCGUCGCUCGAUUGGGUUUCUUCGUCCUUCUCCGGCUUCUAUUUCACAAGUCGUACCGCAUAUUGACCCACUGUCAAUGGUAACCGCAGCAGAAUCUACUCCGAUACCACACCAUGUUGAUCGUGCAGCAACACCACCGAUCCGAAGUGCCGCUCCGAGCCCGCCUGCCAUUGCUGGACAUGUUCGUGGUCGACACAGUCCCAACUCUGGAGUUUGGACAGAUUGUUGA